AUGCCUCGGCUGCUAACCUCACUAGGCGGAUUUAUCGUAGCCAUCGUAGCCGUGAAGGCUUUAGUUGUAGCUGCUGCCAUUAGUGAAGAAGACGGCUUCAUCACAGAGGAAUUAAUCGACACUCAACAGCUAGAAUCAGUACCACUAACCGCAGAGAAUGCAAUUAGUGAAACUACCCCAUGUUGUAGGAAUCCCGCCUUAGAGAAUGCCAAUUACCUUUAUGUUUCGACUAUGGAUGGCCGGCUUCAUGCACUUGAUGCUGUUAACGGUGGCAGAGUAGUAUGGGUGGCUGAUUUUGAUGCUGAAGCGCUGCUCUGUGGAACGCUUGGCAAAGUACAGCCAAUGAAAGUUGAUGGGCGCCUGUUCAACCUUAUCCCUGCUCUAGACGGUACGCUCUACAUGUAUUCACGUGAUGAUCACCUUCUGGAGCCAAUACCUCUGAACACGGAUCUCCUUCUUCAGGCGUCGAUUCGUGUCGGUCAUGAUGCAGUGGCUGGAGGGCGUACAAUAUCUACUACGGGAGUUGAUCCUUUGACAGGAGAGGUGCGUUACCACUGUUCAUCUUCACAUUGUGAUUCCGUUGUGACUGAGCCUGUUACAUCCACCCUUGUCUUUCGUCGAAGUACUAGUAAGGUCCGUGCUGUUGAUGCGUUAAGUGGUCACGAAAGGUGGAACUUGUCUGUGUCAGAGUACGAUGCAACGCUGGUCACUGUGAAUCGCGGCGAACUUUAUCCUAGAGGUGCUAGAAUUCGUUAUCUCGUGCAGCCGCCGGAUGGAAUUGUCACGGCCUAUGAUAACUGCGGUAACGAAUUAUGGUCUCGCCAACUCGGUAGCCAUAUAGCGCAUACUUGGAAGUUAGAAGGCGGCGAGCUGAGUGAGGUUUCUCUUUUUAACACAGAGAAUAUUCACACGUUGUCCAUAACUGAUGGGCAGCCAGGAUCUUCAGCGAGCACGACUCCUAGUUCGGAGUCAUUGUUUUAUCUAGGUACCGUAGGCGAUGAACCAUUCAUCAUGCAUUCCACUCAUGUUAAGAAAGAAAUGAUUAGAAUUGCGAAAAAUAUGGAUUAUAGCGAACCAAAUCCAUCUUCAGCGAGUGGCCAGCUCACUCGAUCUGGCACCACGUAUUUGAUUGAAAAGGGCACUGUAGAUGAUCUCCUAUCGGCGUCGUAUAAGCGCUCAUUCACUGCUCAACAAGCGAAGAAAAACAAUAAGCAAGUUGCUAUCCGUGAUUCACGUGGGCUUCAGGUAGUUGCAACAGAAGAAGGAAGAAGUACUUAUGCAGUGUCGUGUCCCAAUAAUGAAGGAACGGCUCUGAUUGGAGAAAAGGAUAUUAGGAGUGCGGCAUUUGAUGAUCCAGAAAACGGCAACCAGGGAUGGUUCGUGCUACGCCCUUCUGGGAAGACGAAGAAGCGAACAGCAUUUUUCGAGGGUCUCUUGGACCCAAACCAAUGUCCAGCCAAUUUAGUUGAGCGCAUGAGUAGGACGCUCAGAGUCGAUAAUAUGGUCUCUGGAUGGUGGAGAGUUGUGGCACUUGCUAUGCUUGGCCUUGUUGGGUCGGCGACAGUGAUAUUGCAUGCUCUCGUAGGUCGCCGAAGAAGACGCCAAGGCGCCUUGACUGAUUCUCCCUCAAGCUCCGAUGUGUCUUCUAUGAAUGCCAUGAAAAAGACGAAGAGAGCGGAAACUCGUUCGACAUCGGCCGGACCAUCAGUCGGCACUUCAACUUUGUCAAUUGCUCCAUCUCCAGCUGAUCAAGUCACUCGGCAGCGCAGGACAACUUCUAGUCGUGAAAGCGGCUGUGAACCUUUCCAUAGCAAGUUUCUUCAAGACUUUGAGCCAGUAAAGUUGCUUGGGCACGGAGGCUUUGGUGUGGUUUUCGAGGCAAGAAACCGCCUUGAUGAAUGUCCUUAUGCCGUGAAACGAAUAGCGGUUGCGAAUAACGAGCGCGCCAUCCAGCGAGUUUUGCGUGAAGUGCGGGCUAUGGCAAAAUUAGACCAUCCUGGUAUAAUCCGCUAUUACCACACAUGGAUCGAAAGGCCUCCUGAUGGUUGGCAGGUGAUUUUUUUUGAUCUGGAUGAUUGUUUGUAUCUCAAGAGGAUUGCUCAAAGCUAUCACAUUAAGGAAGAGGAAGACUGUCUCAUGCUGAAGGGCAUGCAGUUGCGCUUCAAACGCAAGGUGGAGGAGGACGAGUCGAUGCCCAUUGAAAGCUCUUCGUCAUCAGCGAUUGUUCCUCAUCCUGUGUCAGAAAGCAGCCUUCACCCAUCGUUGAAUGAUAUCGUGGCUCCAGCCCUCAACGGGCAUAGUGACGACGGCUCAUGGCUUGACGAUGUUACCGAAAGUAAGGCGGAAAUGGAUGAGUCCUCAUCAGACAGCGAAGAUCAGGUUGCGAGAGGUGACAAUAAUGUGGCUGCAGAAGAGUCCGAAAGCAUCAUAUUCGGAGCUGAGGAAGCUGGUGAUUGCAACGAGCUGGCCGCUAAAAACUCCGAUGAGCUUUCGAAAAUUGGCAAAAAGAUGGUGCUGGUAACGUCUACCGAUGAAGAUCUGAUGCCAAGUGCAAAUACCAGCAAUUUUGUCUAUAUCUAUAUCCAGAUGCAGUUAUGUCAAGAGCAGACACUUCAUGCUUGGUUGUCUAAGCAUCGGUCGUGGGAGGAUCGGCCCUUGGAUAAAAUGAAAGUGUGGAUGGCUCAGUUGUGCAGUGCAGUGAGCUAUAUCCAUCAACAAGGCCUCAUUCAUCGCGAUAUCAAGCCACAGAACAUAUUCUUCGCUUCUGACCAAGCGUUAAAAGUAGGCGACUUGGGACUGGUUACCAGAUGUGUGCCGGCUGAGGACCAACCAAUUGAAAAGAAUGUUUCUCAGUCAGCCCUCCAUACUGAUAACGUAGGCACAAGAGGGUACAUGAGCCCUGAGCAGUUGGCUAAUAAGCCAUACACAUUCAAAGUGGACGUAUUCUCUAUGGGACUGAUCUAUUGUGAACUUGUGAUUCCUUUUCAAACGCUUAUGGAACGUAGCCUCACUCUCAGCGAUCUGCAACAUGGCCGCAUGCCAGAUGCGCUGAAAGGAAUGAAGGAAGAAGAGGUCGAUUUCAUCGUUUGGUUGACCAGCAUGGAUCCGGAAAAACGUCCAACGUGUGAUGAAAUUCUGGAUUCGGAUUAUAUGGCCGGCGUUGAAACGCGUAUGUUGAUGGGUAAUCGUACACCAGGUACAAGACGGCGUAUAAAAAGCGAAGCUGCUUUGCUGGAUGGGUCAGCUUGA